CCUACAGUCACGAUUCUACAUAAAAAACUACUACUGUUGGAGCAUAUGUAUAUUUCUGUGGAGUCCUCAGUAUCUCGGAUAAAAUGGCCCCAUCCCCAGGGUUUGAUCUUCAGAUGUUUAACACCAUAUCAAGUUUCACCUAACGUUUUGACGUAUCAACACAAUCUGUAACAUCAACACCACACUGGCUAUGGAGCCGGACUGGCCUUCAAAUAGAGCGCCCAGUCGCCAAUUCGCCUUAUCCCUACCUAGGCAGAGAUAUCAGCUAGCACUGGAGGCUAGAUGUACUCAAUAAUGGCAAGCUACUACUCCCUUCUUUCUUUUCUUGUGAUGGCCGCCACGCUAGUGGUGUCUCAGCAAUGUGAUCUUCAAUUCGAUGGCCGGGUGCCAUCUGAUUUCAGUGCUGCUACUUUGAAUACUGACAAUGGCGUCUUUGACCCUAACAAUGUCUUCGGUCAAGGGUUGGACCUUGGUUCGGUAGUCCAAAUUCAAGAUUCGCUAUCGUCACUCUUUGACGUUGGCACCAUCCCAAUAGAAGUCACCAUUAGCGACGACUCGAUCUUCGCGCCAAGCGCCGACAACGUGCAGACAGGCUUUCGUAGAGCAGAGCUGCUUAUAGCCAGCAACGACGGGACUGAUGCGUCGACGACAGGAGUGAAAACGCUUCAUUUCAGCGUCAUGAAAGAUGCGAAUCGCCCGCUAAAUCUUACUCAUGAGUACCAGCUUGUCUUCCUAGAGAGCAACGAUUUCAGCACCAACCAAUUUGUCUUGAAGACGGGGACAAUCCUCGGCACGGAUACCGCCGACCCAGAUACCUUGCAACUGUUCGGCAACGUGAACGCCAAUCCGGCGCAAAUUCUGUUCUCCACGCCUUUCACUGAGGAUGUGUUCCACAACUUUGCUGUUACAUUGGACUUUGAUGCAUUGACGACUCAAGUGUUCUACUCUCAGGACACCGACGCCCUCGUUGCACAGACUGAGACACUGGCCAACGAUGUCAGUGGUCAAGGACAGUUCCACUUCGGUGUCUUGAAAAAGGGUCUCAACGGUGGCGAUGAUAUUGUCAAGAACGGUGAACAGGAGCAGGGCAUCGACGAAGGCAUCGUUUUCGGCGGUAUCUUUGAAGAGGAUAGCUCGAGUGGGUGCAUUAGCUUGUCGGUAUGAAUAAGGCUCGCCGCAUAGGGCUAUGCUCUGCGUGAGAUAGGUAGAAAGGACUAUUUACCUAUCCGAAGGAAGAUUGUUGGAUAUAGAUGCUUCUCUAGACCAUGGAAACUCGGCUCGGCCAGCAAUACCUAGAACUAAUCUCGUCGCAUCUGAUUACCUGCAGCUUCUUGAAGGUAGCGCAAGUCUAAGUAAGAAGACAGGAUGUGUAGACUACAUAGUACUGAUAGAGGCUAAACUACACUCGCACACUGGUAUGACCCAUUUCCUAGUGCGUACUUAUCAAAUGAUGCGAUGCUAGGAUGUAUGAUACCUCUGAUAUCAACCUGUAGGCGAAUGAUGAGACACGGCCUUUCUUUAUUUCCAGGGUCCAAGUUUCUGACUGCCCAUCUCCCACCUUCCAUCUCAUAUCCCCCGCCGCCUCAAUUCUAGGUAGGACCUUGUACGUGGUACUACUACUACCUAUGUACCUUGAAGGUUGCUUAUCCAGGCGAGUG